AGGGCGCCCUCGUCCCCUCCCUGACCCGAUUCCCUGUUACCAGUCCAGCCCAAGCGAGAACGAAACUGCAGAGCUGAGGUCGAACUCUGGGCCAAACCAGGCCGAACUAAUUCAUUUUUGAUGCAACGUCAGUAUUUAAAACAAGUAAUAAUAAUAAUAAUAAUAAUAAAAAAAACAUCUGUUUUCUCUCCCUCUCUGGCCACGUUGACGGGCUGGUUUGGGCUCAGCGGAGGCCGGGCUCCUGCCCCCUCCCCACCACGAGGGAUGCUCUUCUAGGGAUUCAACUCCUCAAAUACAAUGAUUUUUAUUUAAGGAAUUGGUGUCACUUCAUUAGGAUUCUGACGCUUGCAUAGCCAGAGAACAGUUACAGGGUGUUGAGACUAUACGCUAGCCUGCAAUACGAAAAAAUAGAAAUAAUGGAAAAAGUAUUGGACGCUUUAAUUCCAUUAGAUGGGCUGAAAAUGAAGAGUUCGUUUACCAAUACGACUCUAAACGUUCGCCUUGUUGUAACACGUUACCUGAACAGGAGCGUUGGGUUUGCGCGCUUCGGAGCCGAUGACAGUAGCUGAGGGCUUCAUGGCUUUACACAGCAAAUGACAGCAUCUUGGACUGGUAACAGCUGGAUUCCUCCAUCCAUUCACCCCCUACUCUCUCCAGCCCUGUCUUUACUAAAAGUACUGAAAUCCUUAAAAAACAGCGUAACCUUUUCUGCAUGUUUCUUAAAUUCUCUGCCAAAUGUCUGACUCUGCCAGUUGAGCUAAAGGAGGCUUCUGCCUUGUCCUUCGCUCUUGAGCGAUGUCAACUUGCGCAACCUUUAUUUUUCCAAGAUAAAAGCAGAAUUGUAAGUAAAAAAAAAAAAAAAACUCAAACCCAAAGAAUGUGUCAAUUAUUUAGCCCUAAAAUUGGGCUGAAGUACCCAGGAGCCUGGCUGGUUCUUUUCACUGUGCUUAAAGCCUUUUGGCAGGUAAUGGCUGUCGAUUUACGACCGACAAGGUGGAAUUCCCUGUGUCUUCCAACAAACCCAGUUUCUAUUUGUUGAAUGUUGCAGUUUGGGAGCGAUUCCUCCUUCCGUUUUUCUUGGCUUUGUGUAAACUUGUUAAGAAUGAAGUGCGAUCAGUGUUGUCACUUAACUCUGAUGUUGUCUCUUUUCCCUCCCUUUCUGCCUGCCUGCUGCUUUCAUUCUGUAGUAUUGGUAUUUGCCAUUCAUUUCACCUUCUGCAUCUAUGCAUCUCAUGGUAGGUGAUAGGCUUUUAAUGUGAGCUUAGACUCUCUGUACCGUUUCUGAAUGCUAAAACUGAAAGCAGAAAUAAAUUGUGAUGGUUUAUUUGUUCCUGAAAACACUUCCUUCAGGUUCUGUGAAGAGCUAAACCCUACUGUAGCUUUUUGUUUUGCAGCCUUUAAUGACCGGGUCAUCAUCACUGGUCUGGGUUAAUGCCUCCCAAGAAAAUGCGGUUUGAAGUAGUUGCUUCUGGUUGAGGAUCAGUGCCGGUGGUGGCUGGGAGAAGAGGCCUCUUCCCUUGGCGGUGUCUGCAAAUCUGGCAACUGCAAAGAAAGCCCAAGUAACUUUGAUCCUAGCCAGGCACAGAAAGCAGAUGUACACAACACAGAUCUGCUGAGCUGCCCUGAAAUUGUCCUUGCUGUUCCUCUUCUGGGUCUGAGGGGCUGAUUGUAACGUAUAAAGCAAAUUAUGUGCCUCAGUAACUUUCUAGGGACCAGCUGAGUAUUGUUUUUUCUUCUUAGAGGAAUGUAAGAAAUCUGUGAAUGGACAAGCAUUUUUUUUUUUUUUUGUCCAGUUGAAAGGACCAGAAAUGGAGAAAGUGUUGCCCAUUUGCAGCGCGUUCAUGAAACACAGAUAACAGGCAGUUAUCUGGCACUUUGAGACAGUUUCCACCUCUGGGUCAGUGGUUGAAAUAAAUUCAGGCCCCUGGCAACUGCACGUUUUGCCAUCCAGGAGGUGGCCAGUAGCAUACAGAGUGACCUGGAGGUGUCGUUCCAGUUAUCUGGGAUAACUGUUAUCUGAUAUCGAGUUAUCUGCUCGUUAAAGCAGAGAGAGAUGCUAAUUGGCAGCUAGGAGUUGCUCAGAAUGGCUACGGCAAGUGUGAGCAGCCUCCUGGCUUGCCUCUGCAGGUCAGAUUUGGGGCACGCUGUGUGUUCGGAGAGAGGGAGAGAAAGAAAGUGCUCAGUCGUUCCUAGUCAAAGAGGAUUUCUCUUUCCAAGGAGACUGAAGUUGCCUUGCCAAAAUAUGGACUGGGAUCUCUCCUUAUUAAGCAGUAAAUUCCUUUGAGACAGCAGGUUUCUGUUCCCCCUCUCCAGGCCAACGGAAGCGGCGCUGGACACAGAUGCAGCAGUGCUCAGUCAGUUUUCUCUUUGGCUUAUGCUAAAUGCCUUUUGCCUUUGUCUAGAACUCGGAGCUCUUCACGCUGACGUACGGCGCUCUGGUCACCCAGCUGUGCAAGGACUACGAGAAUGAUGAGGACGUCAACAAGCAGCUUGACAAAAUGGGUUACAACAUAGGCGUUCGGCUAAUAGAAGACUUUCUGGCCCGGUCCAAUGUCGGAAGAUGCCACGAUUUCCGUGAAACUGCAGAUGUUAUUGCAAAGAUAGCAUUUAAAAUGUACCUGGGCAUCACUCCGAGCAUCACCAACUGGAGUCCUGGAGGCGAUGAGUUCUCCCUGAUCUUGGAAAAUAACCCCUUGGUGGACUUCGUUGAGCUCCCUGACAACCACUCCUCUCUCAUCUAUUCCAACCUGUUGUGUGGAGUGCUGCGCGGUGCCCUGGAAAUGGUUCAGAUGGCCGUAGAUGUCAAAUUUGUCCAGGACACGCUGAAGGGUGACAGCGUCACAGAAAUAAGAAUGAAGUUCAUCAGGCGGAUUGAAGACAAUCUUCCAGCUGGCGAAGAGUGAAUCGCAACCCAGCGGCUCUUUGGGACUGGAGGGGAGCGGCUGGUUUUGGCCAUUAGCUUUCGUCACAGAUCUGUAGGGAUGUAGCGCUUUCGGCACAGGUCUGUAGGGAUCUAGUGCCCCUGUACGUUCAGACUGACUCACUGACUAUUUAAGAUGUUGUUAUAUUCUUCUACUGUUCCUGCCAUCUUCUGUAGAAGACGAUUGUCUGGUUGCUGUUUAUUUCACAGGUUCAUUCUGAAGUUUUUUCAUAAGGUGAUGUCUUUUUCCUAUUCCCCUGGGGACUCUUUCUACGCUCAGUUUCUAAUUGUGACACUUGGUUGUGCGAGAACUACUGCUCAAACUCUAGAAGGGCUCCAGUCUGUUCAAAUCCGCAUCUAUGGUUUAUUACCAGAAUUGGAGACCAAGCUAUGAGAGCCCACUGAUUCACUGUUAAAUGCUCUGCUUAAAAAGAGGUGUUUGAAAUUAAUUCGGAGAUAAGCGCGUAGUAUUUCUGUAGACCAAACUGUCUUCCUGCAUUUGAUUCUGAAGUUGCUAGUAACAUAGAAGCUUGAUUAGAGAGGGGUGGUUUGGGAGAGCUCUUUGAGCGCUGGCACCCGGCGGGGAGGCGUGUUUUGUUGGAGAGCAGUGGCGUCACGCAGCACCGGCGGGAUCAGGAGGUCCCUGUGGCCUGGGCCUUUCCGCAGUUCCUCUUCCCCAGCAGUCUCAUGACUCCCCCUUUGGAAGGGGAGGACCAUUACAUUGCAGUGGAGCAGCAGUGAAUAAA